AUGACAGGACCAGAACAUGCCGACAUUAGUCAGUGCCAAGAUUGUGACACGUUUCUUUGUCUGAGAACAUUCCACGAUGAAUUUAUCGCCGCAGCAGAGAACAGGACGGCAGCAUGUAGUGCUGUGGAGGAGUACGUAGACUGUGUGAGUCAGGCCACCAACGCCUGUACCAGACUGGGCAUAGCCGAGCUCCAGACAGCGGCAGACAGGAUGAAGACCUACGCCAUCUGUAGAGGAACUCAAUCGUCCCUCCCACAACUAGGGCUGGUGGUAAUAGGAACACUCUUUGCAACCUGCUGGAGGUACAGACAUGCGGAGACGUCAUAUCAGUGAAUAGUCACUUGUUGUUUUGUUUGAUUGGGAUUUGUCUGACUAUUGGCCACGCUUUUGCACCAU